CGCACCAACAAAGGCUACAAGCCCAAGACAAUAUUUGCAAGGCUCAACAAUAACAAAAAAAUAUCAUGAUAAAAAAAUAAAACCUGAAGAGUUUAAAAUUGAAGAUCAAGUUCUACUCUAUGAAUCUGCUAAAGAAAAUAUUUAUACUACGAACUUUAGAAAGGAAGGUAAUGAAGAACAUAGUAAAUACGAAUUGGUUAAAGAAAUAUUAUAG